CCGUCCCCCUCAUACGCUACGCAACCUCCGCCCCCUUUAAAUAUCCUCCCCCUCUCUGCCAACUCCCUUCCAUCGAGACUCAGAUUUGCCCAGCUCUUCUUGGUUUCGAUUGUCAAGAAAGAGGAUCGGCCUGCCAUGGCUUCCAAGCGGAUCUUGAAGGAGCUCAAGGAUCUGCAGAGGGAUCCCCCGACCUCCUGCAGCGCAGGGCCUGUGGCUGAAGAUAUGUUCCACUGGCAGGCAACGAUCAUGGGUCCAUCAGACAGCCCUUACAGUGGUGGUGUCUUCUUGGUUACAAUACAUUUUCCUCCGGAUUACCCCUUCAAACCACCUAAGGUCGCUUUCAAAACAAAGGUGUUCCAUCCAAACGUUAACAGCAAUGGCAGUAUCUGCCUUGAUAUCCUGAAGGAGCAGUGGAGUCCUGCAUUGACUAUUUCAAAGGUGCUCCUCUCAAUCUGCUCCCUACUGACGGACCCAAACCCUGACGAUCCAUUGGUUCCGGAGAUCGCUCACAUGUACAAAGCUGAUCGGGCAAAGUAUGAGUCUACCGCAAGGAGCUGGACUCAGAAGUAUGCAAUGGGUUAACAUUCUUCAACAUGAGGAAUUUGAUGCACUUUUCAGAUAAUCCUGCUGUGUUCAACAUUUAAGAAACAGCAAGAACCAAAUUAAGCUAAGCUUAUUGUAAAUGAAGUGGUGGAUGGUCUACUUCAAGUCUUCAGUGAGCAUUCAAAUGUUGCCUUUC